AUGUUUCAGGAACUCAAUCCCAACUAUGCUAGACCAAGCGUCUUUAAGAGCUCUGGGAGUAUCGAUAUAUGGGAAUUAAUGCUCGACGACGAUCCUAGCACACAGCUAGAUGAAUCUGCUCUCAAGAGGAGUGUAGACCUUGACAGGCUAGAUGCCGAAGACCUUCUGAUAUGCAGUCCUACUGUGCUGGGUUUUAGUCUAAAAGACCAUUUAUGGCGUAAGUAUUGUGCUUCUAUCUUUUCAUAUGCCUGUUACUAACCUCUUCAUAGUGGAGUUUGCGGUCGCUGAUAUCUCAGACAUCAGUUGGAAUGAGAAGUUGCGAGUUGUGACAUUGUGA